AUGAAACGGGAGGUGAUGAAUACGGAGGUCGGGAAAAUGCUUCGUGAUGGCAUGAUCCCUCCGAGCAGUAGCCCUUGGGCUUCCCCUGUCGUCUUAGUCACGAAGAAGGAUGGCAGUACACAGUUCUGUAUAGACUAUCGCUGCUUGAAUGAGGGUACCAUCAAGGAUGCGUACCUCCUUCCAAGGAUCGACGAUGCGUUGGAUUCCCUGGCUGGCGCCCAGUGGUUUUCCACAAUCUAUCUGACGAGCGGCUAUUGGCAGGUUGAGAUGGACACAAGGGAUGCUCCCAAAACGGCGUUUAGUACCCGGCAGGGUCUAUUUAACUUCAUGGUCAUGCCAUUUGGGUUAUGUAAUAGCCCAGCAACCUUUGAGCGGUUGAUGGAGCUGGUCCUUCAAGGAUUGCAAUGGACGGAGUGUUUGGUCUACUUCGAUGAUGUGAUCAUUUUCGGUCAGUCAUUUGAGAAGGCGUUGGCCAACCUCCACCAUGUGUUUGACCAAUUGGCAAAUGCCAGCUUGAAGCUCAAACCAACAAAGUGA